GCCAGCAAGUAUAUUAGAAGCAAGGGAAAAAGGAAAUAGAGGGUCGGAAAAAAGUGGAAGGGGGAAGAGGGGAAGGCGUGGAGGGCUGGGAAGGAUCGCCGGAGCUUCUUCCGUCGGUCGAAAUUGAGGUUUUUGUUUGGAAGGUUGGAUAGGAUGGAUAUUAUGUGAUCAAUGCGACGGAUCGAGGCAUGGACUGCAAGGCAUCAACUGCCAGGUUUUGAUUGCUUCUGCCAUGCUCUCUCUCUCUCUCUCUCCUUCCUCCUCUAGCCCUCCCAAUUUCCCGAAGUUGCGCUUAUUAAGCGGUUUAUUUUGGAAAAUGUUUGGAGGUAGCAAUGCCAAGCCAAUAUUUUCAGCUGCCUGGGAGGAGGGCCAAACUCACUUCGCUGCAAAUAAUGCAACUACACAACUACAAUUGUUUGAAAAUUUUCCUGCUGCCUGUCAUGUCGAUGCUGUGAAUUAUGCUUUGAACCAACCUAACAAGAGAAGCAGAGAUGCAGAUUUUAUUGGAAUGCCUCACAAGCUUCAGAUUUCCUUGAAUAAUUUUUGCCAAGAUGAUGUUGGAUGUGCAGCAAGUAUUCCAAACCAAAACCCUGUGUCAACUGGGCUGAGGUUAUCCUAUGAUGACGAUGAGCACAACUCGUCCAUCUCCUCUGGUAGCGGGAACAUUUCUUCUCUUCCAAGUAUCUUGUGUCUUGACGAUAACCUUAGGAAUGCGUUUGACCUCCAAAAGGAGGAAUUUGAUAAUUAUAUCAGAAUCCAGGAAGCACAGAUCAUGAAAGGUGUCAAGGAGAUGAGGCAGAGACACACUGUUUCGUUUCUCAAUGCCAUUGAGAGAGGGGUGGGGAAGAAGCUGCAGGAGAAGGAACUUGAGAUUGAGAACAUGAACAGGAAGAAUAGGGAGCUCGUGGAGCGAAUCAAGAACACAGCCAUGGAAGCACAGUCCUGGCAGCGCAGAGCUCAAUACAAUGAGUCCAUGGUGCGAAUGCUGCAAAGCAAUCUCAAACAAGCCUUGGCUCAGGGUGCUGCUGCUGCAGAUCAGGGCAAGGAAGGAUGCGGCGACAGCGAAGUUGAUGAUGCGGCCUCUUCUUUUAACCCAACUCCAGCUCUAGGAAGCAGCUGCUACUUCCAAACUGCAAGCAAGGGAUUAAGCCGUGAGCAGAUGACAUGCAAGUCCUGCAAGGCUAAGGAGAUCUCAAUGCUGCUUAUACCAUGCAGACACCUCUGCCUGUGUGAGGACUGUGCUGUUUACGCGAAUGUGUGUCCUAUUUGCCACUGUGCAAACUCCUCCAGCGUCCAGGUUUACAUGGCUUAAAGUAUUGGUUGCUGGAAAUUUGGGCUUUGUCACUGCUGUUCAUCUAAAGGCUGAGUGAAGGUUUUUGGGGCAUGAGAAAAUCAAUGAGCUAAAGAAAUGAAAGCUUGGUCUGAGCAACUAUUUGUGUGUUAGUGUUAUCGUUAUAAUAUGGUUGUAAGAAUGGAGGAUUAAGAAAUUAAUUGAUGCUGUAAAAGUGUAAAGUUAUCCCAUUAAAUAUUUAAUUACGGACUAAAUGAUGUUUUCAUGAUAUUAGAUUUCUGCUGUGUGUUUCAAACAUGAAUCAUAUGGAGAUUGUAAACAGCUUAUAUUAUGGACGUAAAUCUGUUUUUGAUCUGGUA